AUGGCGUACCGUCAAAACCACGAUCCUUAUUACCAGCAGCAACCCGCUCAGCAGCCUUAUUACGACGCUCCUCAACGGCAAAACUCCCAGCCGUAUCAACAACAACCUCAGCAACAACACUAUCAGCAGGACUCUUACAACUCCCAACAACAACAACAACAGGGCUACUACGAUAACGGCCAGAACUACAAUGCUGGUUCCGACUACGGUCACGACCAGAACUGGGACGGAAAGAGCUACAAUGAUAGCUAUGCAGGCUCACAAGUCCACCUCAACCCCAGCAUGAGCCAAGUUAAUGUCCCAGCCAUGCCCUAUGCCUCCAACUACCCACCACAACAACGACCCGGAAUGCCCUACGCGCCAAGCAAUUCCGGUUACAGCGCAGUACACGAAAAGAUGAUGAAGCGACGUAGCGUUCGACAAGUCGAGCUCGUUCAGGGCAAUCUUGUUCUUGACAUGCCCGUGCCCUCCCACAUUAUUCCUGCCGGCAAAGCUAACAUCGAGGAGUUCUCCAAGAUGCGCUACACUGCUGCUACAUGUGACCCUGACGACUUCAUGCGCAACAAAUAUUCUCUCCGUCCAUACCUGUUGGGCCGCCAAACAGAGCUUUUCAUCGUUAUGACCAUGUAUAACGAAGAUGAGGUUCUAUUCGUCAAAACGAUGAACGCUGUCAUCAAGAACGUCGCUCAUCUGUGUAGUCGCACAAAGUCCAAGACCUGGGGCCCAGAAGGCUGGAAGAAGGUUGUUGUUUGUGUCGUAUCUGAUGGUCGGAGUAAAGUCAACAAACGGACCCUCCAAGUUCUGAGUCUCAUGGGAGCCUACCAAGAUGGCAUUGCGAAAGAUACCGUCGGUGGAAAAGAUGUGACUGCCCACAUCUUCGAGUACACAUCAAGUGUUGUCGCAACUGCCUCCGGUGAGGUUUCCCAAGGAUCGUGCCCGGUGCAGAUCCUUUUCUGCCUCAAGGAGCAGAACAAGAAGAAACUCAACAGUCAUCGUUGGUUCUUCAACGCUUUCGGUCCCCUUCUCAAGCCCAACGUCUGUAUUCUUCUGGAUGUUGGCACGAAACCAACCGGUACCUCAAUCUACGAGCUAUGGAAAUGCUUUGACAAGCACCCUGGAGUUGGUGGUGCUUGUGGCGAGAUUUGCGUCGACACUGGUCGUGGUUGCUCACUUCUCUUAACCUCCCCUCUGGCUGCGUCCCAGAACUUCGAGUACAAGAUGUCCAACAUCUUGGACAAGCCGCUGGAGAGUGUGUUUGGCUACAUCUCCGUGUUGCCUGGCGCGUUCAGUGCCUACCGAUAUAAGGCGCUCCAGAACGGGCCCAAUGGAAAGGGUCCUCUCGCCUCCUACUUCAAGGGUGAGACAAUGCACUCUGGUGGACCGGGCGGCGCUGGAUUAUUCGAACGCAACAUGUAUCUUGCCGAAGAUCGUAUCCUUUGCUUUGAAAUUGUAACAAAGAAGAACGAAGCCUGGACUCUCAAAUAUGUCAAGAGCGCUAAAGCCUCUACCGAUGUACCCACCACCGUUCCUGAGUUUAUUUCUCAACGUCGGCGAUGGCUUAAUGGUUCCCUCUUCGCUUCCAUCCACGCUACCGUCUUCUGGUUCCGUAUCUGGUCAUCUGGCCAAGGUUUCUUCCGUAAAAUUGCCCUCCAACUCGAAUUCAUCUACAACGCCAUUCAACUGAUAUUUACCUGGACAUCCAUCGCCAACUUCUACCUCGCUUUCUUCUUCCUUGUCUCUUCUGCUACCUCAAACAAGGAAACUGACGCCUUCAACUUCCUCAGCGUUGGCGCCGGUAAAGACGUGUUUGAAGUGUUCCUGAAGCUGUACAUCGCCCUGCUGUUCGUCGUCACCGUCUGCUCCCUGGGUAACCGACCACAAGGAAGCAAAUGGAUCUAUGUCACUGCCAUCUUCCUUUUCGGGCUUUGCAACGUCAUCACAAUAUGGUGCGCAGCCUUCACGGUGUACCUGUCCGUCUCCAAGGUCACUCUUCAGCAAUGGGAACAUAUUGGCACCCUUCUCCAGACGAAUGCAACGCUGCGUGACAUUGUUAUCUCGCUUCUGGCGACAUAUGGCUUGUACUUCAUCAGCUCGUUCAUGCACUUUGAACCCUGGCACAUGUUCACGAGCUUCAUCCAGUACAUGUUCUUCCUUCCUUCUUACGUCAACAUUCUCAUGAUGUAUGCCAUGUGCAACUUGCACGAUGUUACCUGGGGUACCAAGGGCGACAACGGCGCUGCUAAGGAUCUCGGUGGUGCCAAGAAGGUCAAGGGUGAGGAUGGGAAAGAGAUGAUGGAGGUCGAGGUCAUCACAUCGAAGGAGGACGUCGACCAAUUAUGGAACGCAUCACGCAACUCGCUCAGAGUGCCUCCUCCGCAAGAAAAGGAGCACCGUGACGCUGCGACCAAGCAAGCCGACCAUGACCGUAAUAGUCGGACCAACGUCGUGCUGGCUUGGGUCGGGACAAACAUGCUUAUGAUUGUCGCGUUCACGUCAGCAGCGUUCACCAACUUCGUCGCCAGCUACAUCAAAGCCAGCGGCGACUCGACGUUCAACCCAUACCUCCAGUUCCUGUUCUUUGCCUUAGCUGGUCUAUCGGCAGUCCGCUUUGCAGGAUCCUUCUUGUACCUCAUCUUCCGACUAUGCGGCUUCUGA